AACCCUGAAUUCUUCUUUUGUCCAUGCCUUUACCAUUUACUUUUUCCCGAGUUUUGAUUUUUACUAGACAAAUGCCUUUGUAAUCUCUCAUGGGUGGCGCUUUCAACCAACAAGAAGAUAGAGAAGGUGCUGAACGCAGGAACCCUCCCACUCCACACCAACUCAAGCUUUGCCUACCGCUGCCAAGACCCAAAACGUUCCAUAACUCCAACUCCCCUGCUGCUCUCGGCAUCUGGGUCUCAAAGUUUCUUUGGAAGCUGCAUUUCUGGGCUCGUUUCUCAAGUGGGUCGUGCUCUAGGAGGCUACGCUACAAUGGCAUGAUAGUCAACAACUCUGCAUUUUAUGCUUCACCGGGCCGUGCUGAAGCAGAAGGAGAAGGAGAAGAGGGUCCUGAAAUGGAGGGGUUGAGUGUCAAGAGAGAAGGCACUGAGGGAAGGAGAGAUAAGUUCUGCGAGAACGGUGGUGGAGUUGGGAUUUUUGCGGAUUUGAUCGAGGAAGAGAGGCGUGAGAGCAGUUCAAGCUCAGCUUUCUUGACAUCGGAUGUGACCGGGGAUGAAGAACAAAGUCAUAGCAGCUCCGAGGUGUCGUAUUCGCCGCCUCCUGUGUUGCAUUGGUCGGCGGACAAAGCUCCGGCGUCGGACUGUUCCAGUGAGAAUAGUGUUGUGGAAGAUGCAGAGAAAUUCCCCUCCAGUGAUGAGAAGUUGGAGAAACAUGGCUCUGCAAUUUCAGAGGUUGAGAUGAUGAAGGAAAGAUUCUCAAAAUUGCUUCUUGGAGAGGACAUGUCGGGUUCCGGUAAUGGGGUCUGUACAGCAUUGGCCAUAUCAAAUGCCGUUACUAAUCUUUGUGCCACCCUGUUUGGGCAACUUUGGAGGUUAGAACCUAUUCCUCUGGAAAAGAAAGCAAUGUGGCGUAGAGAGAUGGAAUGGCUUCUUUGUGUUAGCGAUCACAUUGUCGAGUUCACUCCGUCGUGGCAGACUUUCCCUGAUGGAAGCAAGCUCGAGGUCAUGACAUGCAGACCAAGGUCUGAUCUUUAUGUGAAUCUCCCGGCCCUCCGAAAGCUAGACAAUAUGCUUCUUGAAAUAUUAGACAGCUUUGAAGACACAGAGUUUUGGUAUGUGGAUCAAGGGAUUUUAGCGUUGGAGGCCGAUGGAUCGUCGUCUUUCCGACAAGCCCUCCAGCGCCAAGAGGAAAAAUGGUGGCUUCCGGUACCUCGAGUCCAUCCUGAAGGUCUCAGUGAAGUUUCUCGAAAGCAUUUACAACACAAACGUGAUUGCACCAACCAGAUAUUAAAAGCUGCCAUGGCAAUCAAUAGCAUUGCCUUAGCCGAUAUGGAAGUCCCCGAUUCAUACUUGGAAACUCUUCCUAAGAAUGGACGAGUGUGCUUGGGUGAUAUUAUAUAUCGCUAUAUUACCUCGGAUCAGUUUUCUCCUGAAUGUCUGCUAGAUUGCCUUGACCUUACAUCAGAACAUCAAGCUAUAGAAAUUGCCAACCGUGUCGAGGCCUCAAUAUAUGUUUGGCGAAAAAGAACUCAUUCAAAACCUGUCAAUAGCACCAGCAGAUCUAAUUCGAAGUCAUCGUGGGGAUUGGUAAAGGAGCUUAUGGUCGAUGCAGACAAGAGAGAAUUUCUUGCGGACAGAGCAGAAAGCCUCCUGCUUUGCUUGAGGCAAUGGUUCCCUGGCUUGCCUCAGACCACCUUGGACAUGAGCAAGAUUCAAUACAACAAGGAUGUGGGAAAAUCCAUUCUGGAGAGCUAUUCAAGAGUACUAGAAAGCUUGGCGUUCAACAUUGUGGCUCGUAUUGAUGAUUUACUAUAUGUAGACGACUUGACAAAGCACUCGGACAAUGUCCCUUCAAUCUCCAAGGUAAGUUUGAUUGCGCACAAGAGCAUUCCAAUCCCAUACACAGUGCCCCUCUCGGGCACUCCGUAUAAAACAGCUUUCUCCACGCCAAGCUUCUCUCCGGCACGUCUCUUCAGCCCCAUGAGGGGUGAGAGAUCUCCUUUCAUUGCCAGCGGCAAGCUUCAGCAUCGUGGGUUAGGCGUGAAAAAGGCUUUGACAGAUUAUGUUGCCAUCGACACAAAAGGAAAGGACUGUGGCAAGUCGAAUGAGGAGGCGGAUGCGUUGUCGAAUGUCAUCAUCAAAGCAUCUGCAUCUCCGAGUGGCGUAAUCUCUGACAAAGGUAAUCUCAGCGCGAGGGAAGAUUUACAUGCCAAAUAAGGAACUACCAAGAGGGCUUCUCAAUAUGAUUUGCCUAUAUCAGUGCUCUGAACUAUUCUCUGCUGUACUAGAUAUAUACAUAUACAGGUGCUAGGUUUGUUUAGAUCAUGUUGUUAAUUGUAGUGACAUCUUUUGUAUGAGCUGAGGCCUGACUGCUCAUGCUACAUGUACCUUCAAGGGCAGCAAUUCUCCAUCGUUGCAGCAAUUCCCUUGAGAUUGAGUUGCAUAUUGCGCAACGUAUAUAGAAUUGCAGACCCUCUUCUGUAA